AUGGAAGAUUCCGGCACAAUCGCGGCAUGGGCCGCCUUGGCAGCUGCUCUCCUCGCUCUGGUUGUCGCACUGGCCCAAGCAAGCCAGCAGUAUGUGGCUACAGCGCACAGCAUGCGCAAGUGCGAGAAGUCGGUUUGGGGCCCGAUGCCGGGCCACCCAGGGCGACGCGUCUGGGUCUGGCGACAGCUGCGCUUCCGUGUUGUCUUUGACCUGCCGAAUAUUUUCAUCCCGAGCGAAUACUGGCCUGAGCAGGGAAAUACACGGCAGUUCCCCGCCAGUCGUGUCACCUCGCUGCCCGCCCCAUUCGAUCGCCUGGCAACAGGUACUGCACAGACGGCAGAUCCGGAGAUGGCCGAGGUCCGUAACUUUUCCGAGGCUGGCUGGGUCGCCUUCUCGAGACACGUCAGCUAUGUUUGCCCGUCUAGCGUCAAGGUUGGACUUCAACGAGGCGACAUCGAUCGCCUACCAGCAGACCUGGCGGUAGUCCCAAUGCAGGUCAGCCUCCGGGACGUGAUCGUGUUGGGGCUAGCAAUGGGUAUGACGGUUGUGACGCAGGGCAAUGAUUCCAUCGACAUGAGCGGGCCGUCUGGUGUGAUCAAGAGCAGUGAUCACCCUUUCCUGGGAAAGUUGUUGCACUUCACAGCCUUUUCGAUGGCGCCAAAGCUAAGUAUCAAAAACCUCUUGACCGGAAAACUUAGUCAUUCCUGGAUGUUGAGGCUGCAUAAUACUGCGACGAUUGCAAUGCAGGAGUACGACGAACCCAAACGUCGGUAUUAUGAGCUGAUGGGAAUGCGGUGGCGGAGUCAUCGGACACAGCUGCCUACGAGACACUGGAGCGACAGCGAUGGGGAUAGUGUAGACCAGCUACAAAUUGCUUUCGUCGAUACUGAAGGGAACUCUCACAACGUGCCUAUCGAGGAGUGUGAGACAUGGGAGAUUAAACUAGGGGACUAUAUUUCGACAAACCCUGACGCCGGUAAUCCCCCCGAGGCGCCUGGUAACACAGUCCCACCCCCCGAAGCCCCAACAAAGCCUGUUGAAGGUAAAGUGGACGUUGAGAUGCAGGGGAAACAAGGAAUGACGGAACUGAAUGCCGCCAGCAUCCCAACUAGGACGUCCGCUCCAGCUAGUACAGAGGACGGGGAGGAUGAUAACUCAGGAUUCCAAACAAACAAAACCAUACCAAAGUCUACAACUUCUAUGGCAAUAGUUCGUAGACGACGACUUUCGCGCGAGGGAAAAUCCAAGAGCAGGCCUUUAUCAACAUUGCUAGAGCAAGCCCCUGAGUCUGAUGUCUCCGAGCAUGAGGCUCCUCACAUUAGAUCCCGACCUUACGUCCGGUAUGUCAAAUCUGAUCCUUCUGAUGUGCCUGGGCCCGAGGCUCCUCGCGUUGUUCAUCGGAGUCGUUCCCCGGUCUUCAGGCUUAACUCCUCGGACUCGGACUCGGACUUGGGCAUGCACUCCUCAUAUUACAGACGUGCGGCGUUCGAUACGCAAGAGUACUGGAACUUGAAGCGAGAAGACGCCUACGUGAAUAGGCACACGCGCUACUACGCCCCGAACCCACCUAUCCUCUCGUUUUUCUGGGCCGCACAGCUUGACGUCGAGCUCGGCCCCUGGGCCACGCCGUGGGCGAGGGGCUUGUACACGGAUUGUAGAGAGGCAUUGAGCAUGCUGACAGAGAUUGCCCUGGCAGGGCUGCGGCAUACGGCGUUGAAGGCGCGGGGUAAGCGCUCCGAUGUGAGCCUCGUGGACAAGGAGAUACGCUACGUGAGCCUGAGCGACUCGGUGCUCCUCAAAGACCUCUGGGUGCAUCUCCGCCAGGGCCGGCACACAUGGCCCCCGUACGCGACGAAUGCACGCACAGGCUUCGCCACGACUGAACUCGAGCACGGAAACGCCGAAAUAACAGACUUUGGGGCCUUUGGCAAUAAACUCUCUCUUCCUCCUCUAUGGCUGCUGGAGUCCGUCCGGUCCGAAGCACUCCAUGACAAGGGUCAUGUUGGCGCUGCCGCUGCGAGUGUGCCCCGUGACCGACUCCUCGAGCUGGCCUCUAUAGACUACUGGCUUUGGCAGGCGAGUGAAAAGGUGCCCGCACUGUUCGAGUCUUCAACAGAUGGAGCAAACGUGCUCACGAAUGCGCCAGCCAUGGUGGAGGAGGUGUGGCUUGUAUUUGGUGACGACAUUAUGCAUCGGUGGAGAAAACAAUACGAUCGUGGUCAAGGAGAUGCUCAUGUGACGACUAUGGCUAGAGACAUAGGAAAGCAUUUCGGCAAGCUCUUACACACGCCAGCCGAGCGUUACUUUGCUUGGGUAGCGUUGUUGCGAGCCGCCAAGACUAUGGAAUGCAUAAAGGGGGGUCCAGAAACGUACGAUAUUACGGAUAUGCUUCAGUCGGACCAAUUAGUUUACUUAUUAUAA